CGGGAGCGUCGCCGGGCCCCGGGAGCCGGCCGCGUCCUUUGUGCGGCGCUCCAGCUGCGCCGCGGGGCCGCGGGACGGAAUGCGGGCGCCGUGGAGGCUUUUCUCUUCUGCCCAAACUCUUGAAACAAUGGACUGUAAGAGGAGCAGGGAUUGAAGGGGCGAGCGGGGAAGCGAGCUGCGCGGGGAAUCAUGACUUCUGCCGCCGAGAUUAAGAAGCCACCAGUGGCCCCCAAGCCAAAGUUUGUGGUAGCAAAUAAGCCAGCUCCACCUCCUGUUGCACCUAAACCCGAUAUUGUAAUUUCUGGUGUUCCACAGCCAACAAAGAAAACCAAACCAGCAAUAGCCCCAAAACCAAAAGUUCUGAAGGGCUCAUCUGUUAGAGACAUCGGGCAGUCACCAUCAAGGAAAAUCAUUGUGAACCUUGAAGAGCACAAACAGGAAUUACCUGAAAAUGCUGACAACUCUAAUUGUAAAAAUGUAGGGCAUCAGAGCAGUGAUUACAUUCUACCAGUGUGUUCCUGCAAUUCUCAGUGUAUCCAUAAACUUGGGAAUAGAGAGAGUUUGUUUGGAAAGCAACUUAUCUUAGAGCCCCUGGAAAUGCAUGAAAAUUUAGAAAAUAGUAAAAUUGAUGAGUCCUCUUCAGCUAUAAAAACAAGGAGUAAAUGUGAUUCUAACGUUGAAAACAUCAAGACCCAGACUGGAGUAGUUUUAAAGGCAAACAUCCUAGAAGAGAAGCUCAAAGAUGUUUUAACACAACGAACAUCACCUUUUAUUUCUCUACAGAAGCACAGAUCCACAGACAACCCAGAAAUGAAUGAUGGCUAUAAUUCCAACAGACAAUUCAGAAUUGAGUUUGCAGAUUUGUCACCUUCCCUGUCCAGCUUUGAAAAAGUUCCUGAUCAUCACCGUUGCCACCUACAGCUACCUAAUGAUGAAACUUAUCAGCAUACCAGUGAAAAAAGUAAUACCUGCUUUCAUUCAUCUGAACAAGAAACUCUGGAAAAUGAUGGUAAAAGGAGUACUUUUCUACCUUCAGGUGGUGUUAGUAAGAAAUCAGAAGUCAAAGACCUUGGUCCCUUAGAAAUUCACUUAGUACCAUAUACCCCCAAAUUUCCAACCCCCAAGCCCAGAAAGACACGGGCUGCUCGUCUAUUACGUCAAAAGUACAUAGAUGUUCCUAGUGAAAGUACUGAAGAACCAGGGAAUUUAGACAGUAACUCUUCUUGUCUUUUAGAUGCUGCUUUGAAAAACAAUAAAAUCAGUAUUCUUCAUCAGAAUGUUUUGUGUAACCAGGAACGGGUGGACAAAGUGAAGCCAGGAAAUAAAGGUGAAUUGAAUGUGGACUCCAAUGGAGACAGACAACAUUUAGUCAAUCCACAGAAAGCUAUGCAUCAUGAAACAUCUUCCUUUGAAAAAAUGGAAACUGAUUCUAAUUUAUGUUCUGACAGCAAGACAGUAGAUGGUUCUAGUAUGUCACUUGCUGUGGACAAAGGGACCAAUUUUAUAAGAUGCAGUACUUUAUCUAUGAGCCUGCCUAAGCAACUCAAAUUAACCUGCAAUGAACAUUUGCCUACCACCUGUAACCUGGGAGUGUCUGCCUCUCAAAUGCAAAAGGAAUCUACAAUAAAAGGUGAAAGUUCCUCAAGAAUUGUCCCCAAAAAACCUCAGAGACACAGCUUGCCUGCUGCAGGAGUUCUUAAAAAGGCUGCCUCAGAGGAGCUUGUGGAGAAAAGUUCUUACCCCUCAAAUGAAGAAAAUAAUUCAGAGAAGGGUCUAGAAAGAAAUCACCUUCAGCAUUUGUGUGCCCAAAACCUCAAUAUGUCGUCCUCCUUUGAUAUGCCUAAACGGGCUUCAGAAAAGCCAGUGUGGAAAUUACCUCAUCCUAUUUUACCCUUUUCAGGGAACCCGGAAUCCUUAAAGUCUGUCACAAUAUCAUCAAAUAGUGAGCUUUCAACUGCCAUGACUAAGCCUAGAGCAAAAUCAUUAUCUGCUAUGGAUGCAGAAAGGUGCACUAAGCCUUGCAAAGACACUCAAAAGAAAAACUCUUUAAAGAAGUUGCUCAACAUGAAACUGUCCAUCUGUUUCAUGAAGAGUGACUUCCAGAAAUUUUGGUUCAAGAAUAGCCAGCUUGGAGACACAACCACAGGCAGUCUCUCAGGUGGGGAGAAGAAAGGAAUUGAAAGUGAUUGGCAUGGCAUGUUGGUAGAAGAGAAGAGAAGUAAGCCCAUCAAGGCAUAUUCUGCAGAUAACUACAGCCUCGAAUCCCAAAAGAAGAGGAAGUCUCGGGGCCACACGAGUGCAGCUAAUGGACCAAGAGCUGAGUCUUUGGAUGAUCAAAUGCUUUCCAGGGAAUCAUCAUCUCAGGGGCCUUGCAAAUCUACUACAAGUGGCUGUGCACCAGAGUAUGAAAAUGUACGCCAUUAUGAGGAAAUACCAGAGUAUGAGAACUUGCCAUUUAUUAUGGCCAUAGGGAAAACUCCCGAGUUAGAAAGGCAGAAUUCCAGAAGCAUGGAGGACAACGAUGCAAAUGUGUAUGAGGUAGAAGAGCCAUAUGAAGCUCCAGAUGGCCAGCUGCAACUUGGACCCAGACAUCAGCAUUCCAGCAGUUCUGGAGCAUCCCAGGAAGGACACAAUGAUCUUGGUCUUGGUCUUGGUGAACUUCCUUCAGAUGAGGAAGAAGACAUCAACAGUUCUGAUGAAGACGAUGUCAGCUCUGACUCUAGUAAAGGGGACCCUGACCUAGGAGACAAACAGGAUGAAGAUACUGGAAUGAAAAGUAAAGUCCAUCAUAUUGCCAAGGAGAUCAUGAGCUCAGAGAAAGUCUUUGUGGAUGUGUUAAAACUUUUGCACAUUGAUUUUCGAGACGCAGUGGCUCAUGCUUCCAGGCAACUUGGGAAACCAGUUAUUGAGGACCGGAUCCUAAAUCAGAUCCUGUACUACUUGCCUCAGCUGUAUGAGCUUAACCGGGAUCUCCUGAAGGAACUGGAGGAAAGGAUGUCAAACUGGACUGAACAACAUAGAAUUGCUGAUAUCUUUGUAAAGAAGGGACCAUAUCUAAAAAUGUAUUCCACAUACAUCAAAGAAUUUGAUAAAAAUAUAGCUUUGCUGGAUGAGCAGUGCAAGAAGAACCCAGCUUUUGCUGCUGUCGUUAGAGAUUUUGAGAUGAGCCCACGCUGUGCUAAUCUGGCCCUCAAGCACUACCUGCUAAAGCCAGUUCAGAGGAUCCCCCAGUACCGGCUGCUGCUGACAGAUUACUUGAAAAAUCUUCUAGAGGACUCUGGAGAUUACAGAGACACUCAAGAUGCCCUUGCUGUCGUUAUAGAGGUAGCCAACCAUGCCAAUGACACUAUGAAGCAAGGAGACAACUUUCAGAAGCUUAUGCAGAUUCAGUACAGCUUAAAUGGACACCAUGAAAUAGUGCAGCCUGGACGGGUUUUUCUUAAAGAAGGAACUCUGAUGAAGCUGUCACGGAAAGUCAUGCAGCCCCGAGUGUUUUUCCUGUUUAACGAUGCCCUGUUGUAUACAACACCGGUGCAGUCCGGGAUGUAUAAACUGAACAACAUGCUCUCAUUGGCUGGAAUGAAGGUCAGAAAACCUACCCAAGAAGCAUAUCAGAAUGAACUAAAGAUUGAAAGUGUAGAACGUUCCUUUAUCCUCUCAGCCAGUUCUGCCACUGAAAGGGAUGAAUGGCUAGAAGCGAUUUCCAGGUCAAUAGAAGAGUAUGCCAAAAAAAGAAUCACAUUCUGUCCUAGUAGGAGUCUUGAUGAGGCUGACUCAGAAAAUAAAGAGGAAGUUAGUCCUCUUGGAUCAAAGGCUCCCAUCUGGAUCCCUGAUACCCGAGCCACAAUGUGUAUGAUCUGCACCAGUGAAUUCACUCUGACGUGGAGACGACACCACUGCCGGGCCUGCGGGAAGAUUGUAUGCCAAGCUUGUUCAUCAAAUAAGUAUGGUUUAGAUUACCUGAAAAAUCAACCAGCAAGAGUAUGUGAACAUUGUUUCCAAGAACUGCAGAAACUAGAUCACCAGCAUUCACCUAAGAUUGGAUCUCCUGGAAAUCACAAAUCUCCUUCAAGUACUUUGUCAUCAGUUUUACACAGUAUUCCAUCAGGGAGGAAACAGAAAAAAAUCCCAGCUGCUCUCAAAGAAGUAUCAGCAAACACAGAAGAUUCUUCCAUGAGUGGCUACUUGUACAGAUCAAAAGGCAAUAAAAAACCUUGGAAACACUUGUGGUUUGUCAUAAAAAAUAAAGUGCUAUAUACAUAUGCUGCAAGUGAGGACGUGGCAGCUUUGGAGAGUCAGCCUUUACUAGGAUUCACUGUCACUCAAGUCAAAGACGAGAAUUCAGAGUCUAGAGUGUUUCAGUUACUACACAAAAACAUGUUAUUUUAUGUGUUCAAAGCAGAUGAUGCUCACUCAGCUCAGAAGUGGAUAGAAGCAUUUCAGGAAGGCACAAUAUUGUAGUGAUGUUGGUUUUAUCCCUUCUGUGAUUCCAAAUGGGUGGAAUUUCAUCAGGAUGGAGUAAAUGCAGGACAGAAAUUUUAUAUAAAUAAACACUGCCAAGAUAAAUCCAGCCAAAAUCUUCAUCAAAUAUUAGUAAUUAUUUUGUUAGGUAUAAGAUAAUUUUUUAAUGUUUGUUUUUUCAUGUAUGUUAUUUAUUAAAAUUUUGAUGUUUACUUAAUGGUCAGAAUUAUUUCUGAGACUCACACUGAACUCUAAUGUACCUUUUCUUUAGAAACCAGAAAACUUAAUAUUGGAUACUGUAUUAACUUUGUGACACAGAUUUCUCAAUGUGUUUUCUCAAUGUGCUUUAUCAUGUUACAUUGUAACAUUCCUAGUUGAGGUAAGUCUUUGUAAAUAAAAAACACAUCAAGGAGCAACUUUCCAUGCAGUAUUUGGUUUAGAAAUUACUAUAAAACUGCUGAUGCGAAAAAUAUAUGUUUUUGAAUCAAUAAACUUAGAUGAAUUUUUUUUAUCUUUUAAUGGAAAAACACACGGCCAACUCCUACCUCAGUAACUGUGAAAUGAAAUUCCAGUAAAUUGUCUAGAGUAUUUCUGUUGUACCUCUUUUGGCAUGAGAUAAUGUUACAUCAUCAAGGCAUCACAGCAAAGGGAUAGAAUGUGAAAAUUUUCAUUGAGCUAUGAGUAGAAAAGAGAAUGUUUUCAUUUGCAGAGGAACACAACUGUAUGGUCUUUAUAUUAAAGUCUAAUCCUUUUUUUAAAGCUGCCAGUUCAACACAAACAUAAAUGUAUUUUUAAAACAAAAUAUAACAAGCAUUAUAUUACACAAUACCCUUUGCUAUUCUAAGUUCUCUGAGCCCAACUCAGUGUGGUGUUUGUAUCUAGAAAGAAUGUUCCUUUCCUAUAAUACUGUGCUUUAAAAAAUGAACUGGAAUUACCAUACCAAAAAAGCACAGAUUCUAAGCCAGUGUUCACUGAAACUGUAUCCAUUUUUUAAAGGUUAUUUAAUACUACUUUGUGUUAUGUCCUCCCUGAUAAAUAAAACAAAUCCUUUAUUUCCUUAACCAGUUGCCAAAUGCACCUCAUUAGGAAAAAUUUAUAUUCAUAAUUCUGGUGCACUUACUAUGUGAACUGCUUUGUACACAAAAUUAUUGAUGAGUAGAAGAAAAAUGAAAUUCACAGUAUGAUUAAAGUCAUUCUUGAUGCUCAUAAUAUACAUAUAUUGACUGAGCUUAAACUAAAUAUAAAUUAUAUUAAAAGGCAAGGUCAUCCAUAGAAUAUUUCACAAAAGGGCACAAGGAUUUUCCUUUCUGCUUUUAUAUAAAGUAUUUCCUAAUUCACUGUGAUACUUACCAUUGCCAAAAGAAUUACUGAGUGCCUUUCUGAAGCCUUUUGAAUGUUGUCUGUUGCAGCACCAGAGCCUCUACUAAAUUGAGAGUUGUCUGCUAUAGUUUUUUUCUGGCUCUUUCUUGCUGUGGGAUCAUUUUAAACUGUUGCACCCUCACAUGCAAUCCUCACAUGCUCUCUCCCCAUUCUUUCUGUCCAUAAUAGGCAAACUAAUACGUCUUUGCAGCUCACUAAUUUUAAUCAAGAGAAGCAUAAAUAAGGCUUCCAUGUUAAAAAUCCUUGUAGUUUUUAGUGUAUCCUUUCUGGAGACCAAGAUUGUACCUUAUAAAGUGUUUCCUUCUGUUUCUUUGGAUCUAGCAUUUUGCCAAUGACAAGUUAUUUGGAGUUUUGCCCCCUUCCUCUUGAGCUCUCAGUCUUCUGAAUGUAAGGUUUGGCUUAAACCUCAGAAUCUAAAAAAAUAUCAGCUAGGCUAUUUUGUCUUCCAACAGCUGGCUAAAUCAAGAGCCAUUUAUAAAUCUAAAUAGAAACAGCAUUGCACAAACUUCUAUUAAUAUAGUUAUAUGUGAAACACCUGUAUGACUGUACUGGCUACUGGCUUCACUCCAUGAGGGGGUUUUGAAAAUACACAUACAGUUGUUUGAGGAAACUAUCAGAUUACCAUCCACCCCCCCCCAAAAAAAAAUGUUUUAAAUGUGGAAUAGUGUUAUAUUCCCUUUUCCCCCUUACCAAUCCUUCAUAACUUACUAAAGCUGAUCAACUAUUUAUUUAACCUCUCAGUUAAUGUCAACUGAGAACCUAAUAAUAUACUUUUAUUGUAAAGUUACUUUAAAAAGUAAAUCUCUUGAGAGGUAACAUUUUAGAGGGGGGAAAUGGUAUUAUUGGGUACAUUGGGAGAGGAAGGGGGAUGAGCAGAGGGAGAGGAAGAAUCUUAAGCAGAUUCCCUACUGAGUGCAGAGCCCAACACGGGGCUCAAUCUCAUGAUCCUGAGAUCAUGACCUGAGCCAAAAUCAAGAGUCAGACACUUAACAUAGUACCCGAAUGCCAAGAAUAUUGUAUUUAUUGUAUUAUUAUGCUGAUGCAUGUGUUUCCAUCACACUUCAGGUUUCUCCUUGUAUUCAUAAGGAGGAGAAAGAGCAGUUGUAAAGCUAAGCAAAAGGCACUAAAAAUAACCUUGAUAAGAGAUGCCAAGUUAAACUAGGGGAUGCCUGGCAUUCUUUGUGCCCCCCUGCCCCCCCAUCUAGGGUCCUCAUAGUAAAUGUAGAGGAUCAAGCAGAGUCCUAGAAAAAUGAGAAAGGUUAUCUUAGGCAUCAUCCCACAUAUCCAAACCUCUCUCCAACCUCUUCCCCUGUUCUCUAAUGUACCCAGUAUGAUCUUAUUAUCGUUUGCCCAAGAUCCUUAAUUCUCUUCAACCAAAAGCUUGAUGCUUUUGAGUAUGUAGUAACAUUCCUUAAAAUGAGAUCAGAGCAACUUUAAUAUAAAGCAGUAAUGAAACAAGUAAGUGAAGAAGAUAACUUUAAAGUGUAGUUUUGUUAGCCAGAUGCUGGCUGUUUCUCCAGAAAUAGAGAAAGCCUGUAUUUAGUAAUUUAGUUAAAAUGUAAAUGUUAUCACAGCAUAUGUUUAUCGGUCUUGGAGUAUGCAUCCAUUUGUACUCUCAUUUUUGAAGUUUGAGAUCCACUGUAGUCAAAUGUAGUCACUAGGAUUUCCAGAGAGGUAAAUCCUUUUUCCUUUGUUAUACAGUACAUGCCUUAAAGGCAAAUACUUGUAUCUGUGUCUCACAAAAUACCUAGCCUGUGUCUUUUAAGAGAAAAUCAUUGUUGAAAUGCAUAGAAGGUGUCGACAGGAUUCAUGUCAUCUACAACUCAAACACAGCCCCCCACAUGCCCUCAUUGUAACUCCGAUCUUAGACCUACUCUUUUCCUGCAAGGCCAUAUUUGCAACUACCUGUUGGACAUCUACGUGAGUCCUCCUUAAGCAUUUUAAACUUUACAUGACCACUUUCUGUUCAUUCAGAUCUGUUUAUUUUCUUCUGUGUUGGAAAAACAGCAGUCUAGGCUCCAGAAUCUGCCUCCAAGUCUCAACAAGACCCUCUGCUAUUGCUCUUGUAUGUGUUCCAUCUUCAUUCCUGUUACUGCACAGCCCCUGGCUCAAGUCCUUGUUACCUCUUCCCAAUAAUUAGAAUAACUUUUCUUCCAAUUUCAAUGCCUUCUUUGCAGUCUUUUUAUUUUUUUUUUCACAGUCUUAUUUUAAACACUGCCAGAGCUAUCUUAUACAUGCUAACCUAGUUUCAUCCCUGCUCUUUGCAGCCUCCGCUGCCUUCCCAGUGGCUUGGUAUGGAAUACUUUUCCUCAGGUAUCACACACUCCAACUAAGCCCACCCCAACUUUUCUCUCUUCACAUGGUUUUCUUCUUUGUUCUCACCUUCUUUCCAACUCAUUUCUGCCUGUGUAUCCAAGACUUCUGUGACAGUUGGUCCUAGUCUUUCUCUCCCCUAUUCCUCCUCUCUUAUUCCUGUAGACCAAAUCUAGUCCCUCCUUUCUCUGUGUCUCCAUCAUCGUUAGCUAGAAAACACACUUUCUUCUGGUGCCUAUCACAUUCUGUCCUUGAGAAUCUGAGCCUCCUCCUCAGCAUCUGGCAGAGUACCUUGUAUGCUAUGGACACUCACUAUUUGGCAAAUUAAGUUACUCCAAAUGGAUUCCUUCUGAUUUUUAUUUUUUUAAGUGCCUUCCAUGUACAAAUAUUCUGGAGCCUAUGCCACAUUUACUAUUCUCUAAAGGAAAAUCUUACCUAUGACUUUCCUUUUUAAGCAAAGAUAAUUUCCAGUAGGAUUUAAUUUUAAGAAAAAAUGAGUAGGAAAUUUCCAAAAAGCCUCAAUAGCAAGUCCCUUAGUUGUGGGGAGAGAUGAAAAAGGGCAACUCUCUUUUAUAUGAGUUGGUCAUAGCAUGUUAAGAACCAGUCUUGAAAUACUAUAUAUAUAUAUUUUAAUGACAUGAAUUUCUAGAAACACUUUUGACCUAAAAUGAUAAUACUUUGUAUCUUAUUGUCCAUAUAUAGAUCCUUUAUAAAUAAACCAAGUAUUGUAAAUAAUGUCAAUAUGUAUUAUAUUUAUAAAAAAUAAAUUUACUGUAUCUAC